CCUAUAAAUACCUCCCUCUUCUUCUUCUAUCUGCAUUACCAACAACAACCAACCUAGAUUUCCUGGCAUUGGUCUCUAGUAGUUCAUAUAUAGAAACAAGAGCUUGUUUGUGCUUCUCUUGUACGUUCUUGAAAGAUGGCCGGAAUUGUUGUUGUUUUCGACUUUGACAAGACCAUAAUCGACUGCGACAGUGACAACUGGGUUGUCGACGGGUUGGGUGCCACCGAUUUGUUCAAUCAACUCCUCCCCACCAUGCCUUGGAACUCUCUCAUGGAUAGGAUGAUGAAGGAGCUUCAUUCACAAGGAAAAACCAUUGAGGACAUUGUGGAGGUUCUCAAGAGGACUCCCAUUCAUCCCAGAAUUGUGCCAGCCAUUAAAGCAGCCCAUGCUUUAGGAUGUGAGUUAAGGAUUGUGAGUGAUGCCAAUCUGUUUUUCAUUGACACGAUUUUGAAGCAUCUUGGUCUGGAGGAAUAUUUCUCAGAAAUCAACACUAACCCUGGUUAUGUUGAUGAAGAAGGAAGAGUUAGGAUUUCCCCUUUCUGUGAUUUCAUCAAUUCCCCUCAUGGCUGCAGUCUCUGCCCUCCUAAUAUGUGCAAGAGUGUGAUUAUUGAGAGGAUCCAAGCUUCAAUUGAAGGGAGGAAAACGAUGAUCUACUUGGGUGAUGGAGUUGGUGAUUACUGCCCAAGCUUGAAGCUCAAGGAAGGAGAUUUUGUGAUGCCAAGGAAGAACUUUCCACUAUUCGAUAAGAUUUGCCAGAACCCUCUGGCUCUUAAAGCCGAGAUUCAUGAAUGGACUGAUGGAGAAGAGCUUGAGCACAUUUUGCUGAACCUGAUCAACAAAAGCGCCAUCGAAGAGAAUGCUGCUGCCCAAUUCAUUACGACUGACUGCAAGUUGCAGACCAUCUCUGUUUCUGGUCAUGAGGCAUUCCCGAAAGCUCUCCCGGUUCAGCAGUAGUUGAUCUGAAUGGCCAUUUUGUAUGUUGUAACUAAUGUAAUUUUGCUAGCAUGUUGUUGUGGUAAAGCUAGCAAAAUGAAGCUUGUUUUCUUGGUCUAGAAAUAAGCUAGGCUUCUAAAUCUGUGAUUUUUAAUUGAUCAUGAAAAUUGGACCAGUAAUGUGUGUUUUCUCGAUGAAAGAAGUUAAGGGUUG